AUGACCAUGAUGCUUCAGAUGUCCUCCGGGGAUCAACCCAUCAUCGAAAAUGGCACCAAAGCCGACGUGGAGAGUAUUCUACCGCCGCCGCCAUCUCAACCUGCAUCUGUUGCAGACUCCAAAGGCUCCAGGAAUCAAGCCAAAGUCGCCAUUCCACGAUCUCGCGCGGGAAUCGCCCCAAGAUACAACCGUCGAGUUCCUCGCGCAUGCGAGUCCUGCCGCGCCCGGAAAACAAAAUGCAGCGGUGACACACCGGUUUGUCGCCAAUGUCGAGAAUUACGAGUGACUUGUCACUAUCCAAUCGGAUGGAAAGAGAGAACCAAAAUACAAGUCGACAAUCUCUCCGAAAAAGCGCACGACUACGAGAAUCUACUGAAGGAGCUUGGCCAUGUGGUAGAAGGCCGUACUGCAGAACGUAUCAAGUCGCUGCUGGAUAAGCACGGAACGGAACUCGAAAAUUCUUCAAAUAGUAACAGCAAUCAGUCGCAUUCCGUCACGCCAAAUGAUGAGGUCGUCGAGGAAGAUAUGGAAGAGGUCACCUCACCCUCGUCAAUCGGCUCUCUUGAAGCCAUUGAUCGAGUCGAGGAAGAUCUAAACCGGAAUGAGAACUCCAGAGCCACCGGGUUCAUGGGUAAAAAUUCGGAGGUGACAUGGAUGCAACGACUUCAGCGCGAAGCUGAGCACCGCUCUAGGGGAUUACCAGGCUCCUUAGAGCCGGGCCAGAGCAAGAGACAGGACGAUGACCUGGCUCUUCACGCCGUAAGCUAUCACCUCGAUGAUCUUGACAUCUCUGUGCCUGGACCGGUUGAACUCUACGCUAUGCCGUCCCGAAACGUGGCCGAUCAACUCUUUGAGGAUUAUCUGAGAACCGUUCAUCCAUUAUUCCCAAUCAUCAAUCGACCCUUGUUCACAGCGCAAUACCGCACCUUUUUCGAUAGUAAUGCGCAGCCUGGAGACAAAUGGCUUGCAAUUCUGAACAUGAUCUUUGCAAUCGCCGCGAAGCACGCUCACUUACUAGAGGCCCCAUGGAAGGGGGAGGAACGUGACCAUCUGGUGUACUUGACCCGGGCUAGGAUACUCAGCAUGAACGGAGACGUGCUCUUCAGUCAUCCUGAUCUCCAACAAGUGCAGGUGGAGGGUAUGAUCGCGUUUUAUCUGCUUGCCUCCGACCAGAUCAACCGGGCAUGGCGGAUUUCAGCGCUUGCGGUUCGCUCCGCUGUCACCCUUGGAAUCAACAUGAAAAACAGCAGUCCCACGACACCGAACAUUUCGAAAGAAGCUCGAUAUCGUGUCUGGUGGUGUUUGUACACGUUCGAGCACAUGCUUGGAGUUAUGACGGGUCGGGCGACUUGCAUUCUGGAUGGUGUUUGCACCACGCCCCUUCCAGUUCCUUUCGAGGAGGAGCAGUUGCAAGAAGCCGCGGCCGCCGAAAUCGUGAAUAACUCUCAACUCCGGGACGAGCGGAUCAACGAAGUCAUGUCGAGUGCUUGGGUACGGCACAUGCCUCUCAAUGCAGCCAACAGCAAGAACCCUGCCAACACCCCUCGCACGAACGAAAAUACCUGGGUCAAGAGCCUCCCUUUUAACACGGGCCUAUGCUACCUAUUCUACUGUGAUCUGGCAGUCAUUGCCCAAGAGAUUGUCAACAAGGUCUACUCUGUUGACUGUGCCAUGGUUCCGUGGAAACAGAUUGAGAAUCGAAUUGGCGAGCUGCGCACACGCAUCGACCGUUGGUUCCAAAGUCUUCCGACGUAUCUCGACUUCACGCGCAAGGAAGAUGAAGGUUCAGAUUUGCUUCGAUGCAAGCUCGCCCUCGCUUUUCAGUACUAUAGCGCGCGAAUUACCCUAGGUCGUCCUUGCCUUUGCCGACGAGAUGCGAGAAAGACCACACCCGAAAAGACUAGCUUCAGCCACGAAAUCGCCGUGCUCGUACUCGAGUCAGCUGAGCGCAUGCUGGAUUUGAUACCCGAUGAGCCCAACGCAGUGCAAUUAUACGAAGUUGCCCCCUGGUGGUGCAUUCUUCAUUAUAUGAUGCAGGCCACCACGGUUCUGCUCCUUGAGCUGUCUUUUGGUUGUGUCCACAUGCCAGAAUCAGAGCAGCAAUUCCUCUUAUUAACCAAAAAAGCUGUCUGCUGGCUCCAUGCAAUGUCUGAGCACAGUGUUGCCUCACGCCGUGCGUGGCAGCUUUGCGAUACUGGACUGCGGCGUCUCGCUGCUGGCAUGAAGCACGACGUCAGCGAUAUGCCUUAUCACCCAUACCAUCCUAUCACCUCCUCCGAUCUCUCUGUUUCCGAGCCUCAGUAUCUGGAGCAAAAUUCCACGGAAGGCUCCAAUAAUUUCUGGGGACCUAAUUUCGAAAAUUCAUGGUCAGGCAAUGCUGCCUCCGGUACGCAUCCAAAUCAGGACUUGAAUCUUGGUGAUCCCCAUUACACAGGCUCUGCCUUUUCGAUCUUCUCUGAUAUGCCUAACAACGAAUUCAUGAAUUCCAACAACGAAAAUUCAGAGGAUCUCUACUUUCCCUACGACCCCAUCAGUGGUGAAUUCAUCCGUGCAUUCUUCCCUCACGCUUACGGCGACGGAAACUGGGAUCCUAAUUGA